UACUGUGCCCGCUGGGAGCUGUAGCCCCAUACCCACAGGAGCGGGAUUUCGAGAGGCUCCGGUGGAGCUGCCAGUUCGUCUCACUAAGAUGGGACCAGGCAACGACCCUGAGGCAUUCCAAGUCAUGUUGGGCCACCAUGCUAGCCCCUUAUUUGAUGGGACAGACACAGAUGGCUUACCAUAACCUUGAUCCCCGAGAGGCCUUGGAGUACCCCCGGGUGAAAGCGGCCAUUUUAGAGCAGACCGGCAUUAGCCCUGAGACGUACCGCCAGCACCUCCAUAAAGAACAGUACCCUCCUGGGGCUCGACCUCGGGCUGUGGCCCAAUGGGUACAGGAUCUCUGUUGGAGAUGGUUGGAGCCAGAAGGCUUGACCGGGCCUCAGGUGGGGGAGAUGGUGGUGCUCGAACAAUUCACCCAGAUUCUCCCGGCAGGAGUGAAAGCGUGGGUGCAACGCCACCAACCGGCAACCUUGUCAGGAGCUGUGGGCCUGAUGGAGGACUACCUGGCGGCUGAGGAAGCCGAGGCACUGCCACGGAGGUCCGGAAACCUGAGCAAGAGAGACAGGCCAGUCAAGAGAAGUCCUCAGGGAGAGGAGGCUCUGGAGUCACUCUCCAACACCCGCCCCACACCCACUAAGCCUCCCAGCCCCAAACCCAGGCACAGAGUCACUCGGACUCGGAUUCAAAGGGAAUGGCCCCACGAGGGGGGUGGAGCCCACCAAGGAAAGGCCUUGGCCCUUGGAAGGCCGGGACCAUUGCGGGAAGUGCGGACAACAGGGACAUUUUCAGCGGGAAUGCCCCUUCAUGGAUUGCAGCUGUGGGCAAGUAUAGGCUGCUGGACACAGAGCCUGGAAAAGGGGGCCAGAAAAAUUAGUAAUCCCUGCGUGGGUUGAGUGGACCCCCACGAAUGCUCUUGUGGACUCGGGAUGCAGUCAGACCCUCUUACAGGAGGGGCUGGUCCUGGACCUUAGACUCUCAGGGGAAAAGAUACACCUACAGUGUGUCCAUGAGGACAUCUGCCCUUACCCCACAGCCUACAUGAGGAUCGAGAUUGGCCAAUGGGAGGAAGUCCUCCACGUGGGCGUGGCCCCCAGAUUGGCUUGGCCUGCCCUGUAGUGCUGGGGCGAGACUGACCAGAAUUUAGGGAGGUCCUCCAGUAAUGUCAACCACCCACUCCACAAAUGGAAGGCGCUACCUCUCCAGGAAGGAGACUGCUCGGAUCCACACCGGACACAGAUACCGGAGAAGGCAUGUCUACGGCGGGGAAGGCGUCCGCCAAUGCCCGACAUCCAUUCAUGGAAGACACGC